AUGUCAGAAAAACAGGUGUCGGCACAGUGUGGUGAUGGUACCAAGGAGGAGUGUGACAUCGCCCUUCGUUAUUCCGUUGCAUGGGAAGUGGAUGGAAGUCCAAAGAUCACCCUGAACUCCAAGGAGAGCGAUGCUUGGAGACAGUUGGUGAAAUCUGAAGAGACCUUGGAAUCAUUGCGACCUGGCAGCCAUUUUGACCUGCUCAUCUAUUACUCAGAGGACGGUUUUCGAUGCUUCCUUGAUGAUCAAGAACAUGCCCAUCUUCCAUACAGACUGGAAGAUCCUCGUCCAGAUCACGUGACUGUUUGUGGGGACGUUCAGAUUCAGAGGCUGUUGUUAGUUUGA